AUGGCUGGAUCGAUAACUGAUGAGCGAUGCUUGGCUCCAGAGCUUUGCCAGGCUCUUGAUGUCCUAAGAACCGCCGUUCAUUCUUCAAAUUGCUGCUUAACUACUGCUCGCUUUCUGGACUCGUUCCCACACCUCAGUACCCAACGGUCGGAGAGUACCCAACACUCGGAAAUACAGAGAGCUAUUGAAAAGGUGGCUCGGUUUUUACAAGAUCAGAAAAAGAACGCUGGUCAGGCCGUGCAAAAAGCCCAAGCGACAUUCGAAGCUCUUUCUCCUGAACACCAACACGGCUUGCUGCAGUACUAUGAGGAAGACCUCCGUUUCUAUCUCGAAAUUGCCAUUCCUCCAGAAAUAUCGCAUGCUCCCACUACUCCUUUCAAGCUACCGUCCAUCCAACAGCUGAUGCGAGAAAAUCGAGAUGAAGAACUGCGGCUGUUGAAACUACGCAGCUCGGCUGAGAUUCAACUGCGUAAGCAAUUCUUUAUGUUGAACCAGGAGCAACAGGAUAUGCUCUGGCUAUGGUAUCAGGACUUCAUGGGGAUCAGCGGAAUCCAGAAGGAUGACAAUACACAGUACUCCUACUCAAUUAGAAGCUGA